AUGAAGGCAGUAUUAUCAACAGGAAAAGGGUUUUCAACAGUUAUAAAAACCAAUAUACCAAUUCCUCAAAUAAAUGAGAAUCAAAUAUUAAUUAAAACAAAAGCAUUUGCAAUUAAUCCAACAGAUUGGAAAUCCCUUUUAUGGAAUCCUGGAAAAAAAGAUGUUAUUGUAGGUAGUGAUGUAAGUGGAAUUGUUGAAAAAAUUGGUUCAAACGUUAAAAAUUUUAACAAAGGAGAUUUUAUAAGUUCUUAUAUUGUUGGUAGUAUUUCUACUACUAAUGGUGCAUUUGCUGAAUAUGUAGCUGUUGAUCCAAGAGGUAGUAUUAAAUACAAUCAUUUAAGUGAUAAUCCAAAAGAUCAAAGUUUAAAACCUGAUACUAUAAAAACUUUCAUUGAUGCUGCUAGUAUAACUUUAGGUUUAGUUACUGUUAGUUCAUCAUUUAGUUAUUAUUUGAAUUUAAAAUCAAAUUCAAAACCAAAAGAUUUUUUAUUAAUUUGGGGUGGUGCAACAGCUACUGGGAAAAUAGCUAUACAGUUAGCAAAAUUAAUAUAUGAUUUGACUGUGAUUACUACUGCUUCACCUAAAAAUCAUCAAGCUUUAAAAGAAUUAGGUGCUGAUUAUAUAUUUGAUUAUAAUGAUUCUGAAGUAGUUACUAAAAUAAAAGAAGUUACUAAAGGUGAAUUAAAAUUUGCAUUAGAUACAGUUGCUGAAUCUGAAACUUUUCAAAAAUUAUAUGAUUCAACAGAAGAUACAAAAAGUGAUAUAUAUCUUGAUAAUUUACUUUAUUUAACUAAAGAUUCAAUUAAUUUAAAUCCAAAUAGAAACAAUAACUUAAUUCAUUGGGGUAAAACAUCAGCAUCAUUAGUAAUAAUCAAAGAAAGAAAAUUAGUAGAUAAAAUUUUAAAAGCUCCAGAUGAAUUACAUGGUUAUUAUGAUGAAUUUUGGUUUAAUGUUUUACCUGAAUAUAUAAGUGAAAUAAAACAUGGAAAUUUAAAAAUUUUAAAUGGGAAAGAACAAUUUGAAGUAGUUGAAGAAGGUUUAAAAUUAUCUGAAAAAGGAGUUUCUAAUGAAAAAAUUGUUUUUAAUUUGUAA